GAGCUUCCUCUCUCGGCUCAGACAGACGCGCCUCAGAGCCGCAGCCGCACAUCCACUGACUGGCAUCCAGACGCGCAUUCCCGGAAUACGAGGCAAUUUUGAGUCAAAGGUUCAUGUGGCAUUUGAAGCAGCUCUCUGGGGUCGCUGUCAGUCGCUGUGGAUUCGUGUCUCUAGAAGAGCCCAUACCCCCCGUCUUCCUCCUCGGCCCCGCUUCCAACUCACCAUCUCUGUCACACGACAGGUCGCCCCUUGUCCUCCUGCCCAAUUUCCAGCUCCGAACUCCGCUGAGAUGGACACCGAGUCGACCCACUCCGGCUACUCCAGUCGCUCGGGGAGAUCAAACCGCCACGGGGAACGUAGCCGCGACAGACACAAAGGCGGCAGCAGCAAAGACAGCAGUCGCUCCGAGAGAUCUGUCGUGAUCAACCCGCCCGACACGCCAUCCCAGGACUCCCCCGUUCACAACGAAGAGCCGCUUCCCGGAGAGCCGUCAGCAGCAGCGGAUCCUGGAGAUGAGACCCAGGAUGAUAACUGGGGAGAGACCACAACAGCUGUUACAGGGACAUCUGAGCUCAGCAUCUCCCAAGAGGAAGUGGUUGGCCUCGGAAAAGAGAUACAGGAUCGAACUCAGGGCUUCCGGCGAUAUCUCCCCCUGGCUGUGGGCUCCUGUGUGGGUCUGCUGGUGCUAGCCACACCCUUGGUCUUCCUGCUUCUCCCGGUCGUAAUGUGGCCGGACAGACUGCAGGCUUGCGGCGCAGCUUGUGAGGGCCUGUUCCUCUCCAUCUCCUUCAAAAUCCUCAUCCUCCUGGUUGCCGUUUGGGCCUUGUUCCUUAGGCCAAGCCGGGCCUGCCUGCCCAGAGUGUGUGUGUAUCGGGCCUUUCUCACCACCCUCACAUUGCUGCUCACCAUGUCCUACUGGCUUUUCUACGGGGUCCGGAUCCUAGAUGCACAGGAUGAAGAUUACCAUGGCAUCGUCCAGUUUGCCGUGUCUCUGGUGGACUCCCAGCUGUUCGUUCACUACCUGGCAGUCGUACUGCUGGAGCUCCGUCACCUCCGACCCUGCUACAGCGUGUGCGUCAUCCGCUCCACAGACGGAGAGACACGCCACUACAACAUUGGACAGCUGAGCGUUCAGCGAGCUGCUUUGACCAUCCUGGAAUAUUAUUACAGAGACUUUCCUUUGCACAACCCUGCCCUGCUCUCUGCCUCUAAACACAGAACUGCCAAACACCUGGCUGGUCUAAAGGUCUACAACGUGGACGCCCCAGGGAGUAUGGCUGCAGCUCAGCCCAGCAAUGGAAAUCAGUCACGGCCCAUGGUUACACCUGCCACCAAACGCAAAGACAACGCGCACAGUGAGCUAUACUAUGAGGAGGCAGACUAUGAGAGGAGAGUCCGCAAGCGAAGAGCCAGGCUGGUGGUCGCCGUUGAGGAGGCCUUCACACAUGUCCGGCGCAUGAAGAAAGAAGAUGAGAACGCAGCACCGUCUGACAUCAUGGAUGUUCGCGAAGCCGCUCUGGCCGUAUUUCCCUCGAUGGCUCGUUCCCUGCAGAAAUACCUCCGCACCACCAGGAGGCAGCACUGCCACAGCAUGGAGAGCAUCCAGAAGCACCUGGCUUUUUGCCUAGUGAAUAACAUGAGUCCUAAGGCCUUCCUUGAGGCAUACCUUGCUCCAGGUCCGACCCUGCUGUACGGCCCCGAGCGCUGGAUGGCCGAUCAGUGGACUUUGAUCAGCGAAGCUUCGGUCACCAGCGGCAUUAAGGAGGGAACAGAGUUCCUGUUGAAGUGUCUCGAUUUUAGUUUAGCAGUCACAGUCAAAGGCAUCCCGUACAUCCGUUUGACUGAAGAGUACAUUGACCCCAAAUCUCACAAGUUUAUACUGCUGCUCCAAUCAGAAACAUCUGUUUAGUAGUGACGCAGUGCAGCGGUGCUGCUGCUCUGUAAAACACAGAACUUUUGCAGUUGUCCAGCUGAAUUUUUCCAAGGAAAACAUUUUGUACCGUUUUUGUACUUAUGCGUGUUGUUUUUCAAAUUGACAUGUUGUAGUCAUCGUGACGGACUGGAAUGAGGACGAAGGGUUGAAUAGCAUUUCUUUCAGAAAGCAUUUGCAAGGCUCACUUUAGUUAUUCAUCUCUUGCACUCUGAAAAGCACUACUGUUGAACUUUUUAACAUUUUGUAAUAUUUUAACCACAAAUUCCAGUUCAUUUCAUAGGGAUGUUAUGCAGCAGGUAAAAUUAUCAUAUGAAAUGAAAGAAUACACGGCUUUCAAUUUUAGCUUUCAUAACCGCUCAGUAAAUAGGCUACUUUGUCCAGCCAUCUGCUGUUGAAUAUAAAAAUACAAAUAUUUUGCAGUGUGUCUUCACAGCUUGGCACAUUUGGGAAAUUCUUGCUCCUUCAAAUUAGCUCAGAUUCAGCCAGACUGGAUGGAGAGCAAGUUUCAGAAUUAGGACAAAAGAGGGAUUACAGCAUGUUCACAGCUUUUUCAUAGAGGUUCACAUUGGAGUCUGUCUUAAGCAAUUCAAUAUAAAGUUAAUUCUUUUUACCAGAACCUUAUCACUGUCAAAAGGUCUUGAGUCAUCUCUCAUUAGAAGCCACACUAUUUGUAAUCUUUUGACGUGAUUGUGAUAAAUUCUUGCGUAGGGUUUUUGAAGGCUUUUCAAUGUUCUUUGAAGUUUAGCUGUUUUUCAAAGUCCAAAGGAAAGUUUUGAAGGAAUAUCUGAGAAGUAUUUAUCAAGGCAACCUUAAAAGAUCACCCCUUACUGAAAAGGAAAAUGUAAAAAAAAAAUGUGUGGUUGUUUGAUACUUUUACACAGUGCUUUACUCCUUUUUAACAGUAGCAGUUAUUAUUUAUAACCACCCUGUAUUACAGAUGUCUGUACAGUAUUUAUAUGUAAAUAUGCUUUAUCCCAUUUAACUUUUUAUACAAAAUUGUGCAUUGAUUGCUUGAUAACUUUUUUAUUUUGUGAUUUUUUUUUUUUUUUUACCAGUUUGUUUAUGUAUGCAUUAUUUGAUGAGACACCUGGAUCACAAAUAAUUAAAGUCAUGCAAGUAUUAGAUCUGACAGGAGUCUAAUGAAUAGAAAGCAAAGCACAGUCCAGCUGAAUACUAAUUUUCUAGUCAGUAAAUUAUGGAAAGACGCGGUUGGCUACUCUGGUCGAGUGAUGUACUGUAUCAAUGGAUUAGAACGAGGACAUCCAAGAUGUUUAGAAGACAUAAUCAGCCUUAAUGAAAGUUUUUAAACUUAAAAUCUAUUUAGCAGAUUGUUCAGUGAGGAAAAGGGAAUCAUGGGAGAAAUAACUUGGGAGUUCUGACCAGCAUUAUCACUCUGAUGUCAGUACUGCCAUUUUCCCCUCUGUGGAAGUGUCACACACAUGCCCUACUUUAUGUUCUCAAACUGUGCCAUCAUUUUGUAAACUUAUAGCGGUACUGAAUGGAAGCAGCUGAAAGUCACACUUUUCCACACACUCUUAAUUCAUGGUUUGCUCUCGGUGGGUUUAGUCAAUAUAACUUUCAAAUCCUUAUUUCAUGGAAACUGUCACGUCUGUAAGGACUUGAACUGUAUGGUUUGCUUUUAAAGCCAACAUGCAAUUUUUCUACGCGGCCUUGCUAGGUCUGUAAAAGUGUGGAAUUGUAUUUAAAAAAUUUUCCAAGUUUGAAAAAGCAUAGCGAAAUGAGAAUUCAGAUUACAGAAAGCUUACAUUUCUAGUCUUUAAAUGAUACAGAUCUUAAUAUCUGAUAAAUAAAGGGUCUUGUAAGUUUGGUCUGGUACAUCUUAACUUGAAUGUUAGUCCAACUCAUUGGUAAUUUUGAUCUUGGAGUUACUAGAGAAACAGAUAAAAAAAACAAAUGCACACAAAAUAAAUAAGAGCAAUUUCACUUCUAGAUAUUUAUGCUUCUGUGUUUAAAUCUGUGCAUAAAUUUCUUUAAUUAAUGGUAAUCCAGUCAAGAUUUGGCAGUAUUAUAGUCCAUAGUUGAUCUGUUGGCCCAGAUGCAAAAAUAAGUCAUAUCUAAAAUAGUAAAAACCAUAAUAAAAUAGCACAUUUUUCUCCAGUAAAUGCAGCCAGACCAUGAUGGUCUGGCUGCUAAUUGUACAAGAGCUAACUCUGUUAGCUUUGCUAUGAAGUGUAUUUUGCUCUUGUCCUUUGACCUUCAGUUGCUAGUUUCUUGAAGCUAAGAUGUUUAUUGUUUUGUUAUUUUGGACAACAAGUUGUUUACAACAAAAAGAUUGUUUUGGGAUGAGAACACUUACUCUCUUUUUCUGCAUGGUUGAAUUUUUGAGGAAAGUAAGAGUGCUCACUCCAUUAUUUUUCUGUAGCAAAUAAGUAACCACAAACCUAUUCAACAUAUCUAUUCAUGUUAAAAUCGUAAUUGUUUUUUUUUUUUUGUUUUGUUUUGUUUGGCAAGACAUUUUGUGUAUCUCUCUGUUUACAGCACCAACCUGCCGCACUUUGUGGUUCCAGAGGACAUGUCCGAAUAUCGUAGUUCAUUUCCUGUUUCCUGCUAACCAUUAAAAAACAUUUCUUAAAAUAUUUUUGAAGUGGACCAUUUGUACUCUUAAACUGCCAAUAGUUAAAGCAAUUACUGAAGAUGAAUAUUUGAGUUUGAAAUUGACUGAGCAGUGUCAGUAUUGCUUUUGUGGUUCAUUUGAUACAUUACUGCCACCUGUCUACCAAGAUUGGAAAAGCAUCCUGAGGGUCUACCUUGACUUGAGUUGUGAGGAUACUUGAUCUGUCUUGUUUUUUUUUUUUUGUUUUGUUUUGUGUUUUGUUUUUGUUUUUUUGUUUUUUUUAUUUAUGAGGUUGGUGAUUUUGUAAUAUCUUGAAGUGUUGCUGUGUUCAGAGAAAGUGUAGUUUUGUUUAGGAGCGUUACACACGUGCCUCGGUUAUAUACUGCGUUUUUAGAACCUGUGCGAGUGUGUGUUUAUGUUAACAUGGACAAAACCUGAGUAAAGAGACUGAUUUCCCAUAUUUAUGCAACUUACAUGUCAUGAGCUCCAGUUUCCCUGUCAAACCCUGUUUUAUAAAACAAACAUGUAAAACACAGCCAAAAUGGCAAAGUUUGUAAAAAA